AUGCCACAUGUCAUCAACCGAGCCAGGUCACCACUCUUGCAUUUUGCUCAAGCUCGUCUCAGUCCCAGACUUCCAUACCACUCCAUGACCCAGAAAGCCUCGCCCAGAAUCACAACGCCGCACAGAGACCACAGCGCCAGCUCCGACGUGGCCAAAUCCAAUUGGCUGAUCACCAAGCUCAGCCGAGACGGCAGAAUCCGAGAAGCCCGCCAGGUGUUCGACGAAAUGCCUGAGAGAGACGUGGUGACGUGGACGACGGUGAUCACGGCGUACGUCAAGUCCGGUAUGCUGGAGGAGGCCCGGAGCCUCUUCGAUAGAGCCGACGCCGUGAAGAAUGUGAUCACGUGGACGGCGUUGGUCGGCGGGUACAUAAGGCUGAGAAGGCUUGAGGAGGCUGAGAUGUUGUUCUAUCAAAUGCCGGUGAGGAAUGUGGUGUCGUGGAACACUAUGAUCGACGGUUAUGCGAGGAGCCGGCGCGUGGAUGAGGCGUUGGAGUUGUUUGAGAGGAUGCCGGAGAGGAAUGUGGUAUCGUGGAACACGGUUUUGACGGCUCUGGCGCAAUGUGGGAGGAUCGAGGAGGCCAGGAGGCUGUUUGGUUUGAUGCCGGAAAGGGAUGUUAUUUCGUGGACCGCAAUGGUGGCGGGGCUGUCGAGAAAUGGGAGGGUUGAUGAGGCUAGAGAGGUUUUCGAUAGGAUGCCGAGGAGGAAUGUGGUGUCGUGGAAUGCGAUGGUCACGGGGUAUGCGCAGAAUGGGAGGCUGGAGGAGGCUCUGGAGUUGUUUGAGAGGAUGCCGGAGAGGGACAUGCCUUCGUGGAAUACGAUGGUUACAGGGUUUAUUCAGAAUGGGGAUUUGGAGCGGGCGUGGGAGUUGUUUGUUCAAAUGCCGCAGAAGAAUGUCAUAUCGUGGACUACAAUGAUCACAGGGUAUGUACAAGAUGGGAGAAAUGAAGAGGCACUGAUGAUCUUUUCAAAAAUGGUGGUAGAUAAUGGGGCGAGACCUAAUGAGGGAACUUUUGUGAGCAUCUUGAGUGCUUGUAGUAACCUAGCUGGUCUUUGCGAGGGACGUCAAAUGCAUCAGAUGAUAAUUAAAACAGUGUAUCAGGAAUGUGUACAUUUGGUGUCUGCACUCAUAAAUAUGUAUUCAAAAUGUGGGGAGUUAGUCUCUGCUAGGAAGAUGUUUGAAGAUGGAUCGACAAUCCAUAGGGAUUAUAUCUCUUGGAAUGGAAUGAUUGCAGCCUAUGCACAUCAUGGAUGCGGUACUGAGGCAAUUAACUUGUAUAAUGAAAUGCGGCAAUUAGGGUUCAAACCUGAUGAUGUUACUUAUGUGGGCCUUCUUUCUGCAUGCAGCCAUGCUGGUUUGGUGGCGGAGGGUUUAAAUCUUUUUGAUGAGCUUCUUAAAGAUGGUUCAAUACGAGUGAGGGAAGAUCAUUACACGUGCUUAGUUGAUCUUUGUGGUCGAGCAGGGAGGCUCAAGGAGGCUUUUGAUGUUCUCGAGAAGCUCGGGACCAACCAAUCAGCAUCUAAUUGGGGGGCUCUUCUUGCUGGAUGUAUUGAUCAUCAUAACAUGGAUACCGGGAAGCUAGCUGCAGAAAAGCUUUUAAAUGAGGGCCCAGAUGAUGCAGGCAGUUACUCGUUGUUGUGGAACUUUUUUGCUAGAUCUGGGAAUUGGAGAGAAGCUGCAAAGAUGAGGAUUAAAAUGAAAGAAAAGGGGUUGAAGAAGCAGCCUGGUUGUAGUUGGAUAGAAGUUGGAAAUAUGGUGCAUGUUUUUGUGGUUGGUGAUAAGUCUCACUGUCAAUCUCAACUUAUAUACUCUGCACUAUACGGCAGAAUUAACAUGACAUGGGAAUUUCAGCAGAGGAGUACAGUGGGGGCGCCUGAGUUUUCUGGAGACUGGCAUUCCAUUAAGAGCAAAAAGCUUAUGAAUAACUUUGCACCUGAAGCAGUACUUCAUUUUGACUUUGUCCAGAUUAAGCAUAUUCACAGGGAGAGGAACAUGGUGGCUGAUUUAUUGGCCAAAAACAGCACUCUUAAUGCUAAGGGAAUCUGCAUUUUCAAUGAGCCUCCUGAUCUUGUCACUAAUGCUCUGCUGGAUGACAUUGUUGGAGUUACAAGAUGUAGGACUGUUAAUACCAGCAGUGCUGGUUAA